CGCCUCCUGGGCCUCGGAAUGGUCAACACCUUCACGGAGCUCCGAGAAGCACACUUGAUGAACCACUACACAAGACUCUCAAAGACGCCGUCGGGUCGCCGCCUUCUUGCCCGAUUACACGUACAACAUCCAACACUAACGGAAGAGCGCGUGCGCAUCCCCGAAAUCUGGAGAUGCGCCCUGCACGUGCGCCCUCUUCCGGCCAACAUGACACGAGACGACCAUAGUGGCCGGCGCCUCGCGCGGGCAGAAGCCUUGGCACGUCACUAUGGAAACAAACAUGGAGUAUUCUACGUGGACGCCUCCGGCCCACACCAUGGGGGUUGGUACACGGCCGCAGUCGUCCAUCAAAAGACCGCGGUGAACGGCCUUACGUUCAAAGCACAAGACAUAACACAUGCGGAAGAGGUGGCCAUCGCGCUCGCCGCCGCACAUCAGGACUCGCGGGUGAUCAUCACCGACUCGCAAGGGGCCUGCAGGAACAUCGAAGAGGGCUUUAUACCCUAUUUUGCAUACCGCAUACUUCAAAGCAGCGAUUAUCUCGGGGCCCCCGCGUCCCGCACGAUAAUAUGGACUCCCGCGCACACGGGUCUCGAGGGCAACGAAGCAGCUGACGCCGCUGCCCGCGCGCUUACUCUCCGGGCAUCGCCCUCGCCUCCCCUCGAUGCGGACUCCGAACCCAAUCCGGCUUUUACCUUUAAGGAAAUCACCCAACAUUACCAAUUCGGCCACGCAAUCUUUCCUAAGCCCUGUAAGGGCCUCACGAAGGCGGAGGAGCGUUUACUCCUUCGCCUCUAUACUAAAACACUGCUGUGCCCGGCAGUCCUAAAACAUUUCGACCCUGCUUGCACAGGGGAGUGUCCACACUGUGGGGAAAAGUCUUCGGACAUUUUCCACAUGGUGUGGGCAUGCCAAUCCACCCCGCACCUUCCCCCUAUACCCAACCCUAUGCGGGAGGACUGGGAGGCGGCCCUGCUCGGCUGCUCCGACCUGGCGAGCCAGAAGGCCCUGGUCGUGCGUGCCCAAGCCGCGGCUAUAGCCAAUGGGCUUCUGUAAUGAGGAGCCCACCUAGUAUUUAUAAGAAACGUCCCUUAAGGAUCGGUCCACACCCUCCCUGUCAAUACUUUGGCCAAUAAAG